GAAUAAAAUUACGACAAUCGAGUGCCCGACUGAAUUCUGGAACUCAAACCGAAAAAUAUUCCCCAAAAUUUGAAUUUAAAACCCUCAAGAUUCGAAUCUAACAAAAAAUUUGAAACUUUAGUUUAAAAUCCCAAUCCCUCCUCUUUCUCAACACAUACCAGAGCUCCAUCUGAACCCUAGAUAAUUAACUCCGAUCAGCAAAUUGAAAUGGCAGUGGCGCCACCGGUCACCGGCAAGGAACUAAUAAAUCCUCCGUCUGACGGUAUCUCCAACCUCCGAUUCUCUCAUCACUCCGAUCACCUACUUGUGUCUUCUUGGGACAAAACUGUUCGAUUAUAUGAUGCAAGUGAGAACGUAUUGAGAGGAGAGUUUACACAUGGAGGUGCAGUUCUUGAUUGCUGCUUUCAUGAUGAUAAUUCUGGUUUCAGUGCAAGUGCUGAUAAUACUGUCAGGAGACUUGUUUUCAACAAUGAGAGGGAAGAUGUUCUUGGACGCCAUGAUGCCCCUGUUCGAUGCAUUGAAUACUCUUAUGCAACAGGGCAAGUGAUUACAGGUAGUUGGGAUAAAACCCUGAAAUGUUGGGAUCCAAGAGGUGCUACUAGUGCACAAGAGCGUGCUCUAGUGGGAACAUAUGCUCAACCUGAACGUGUCUAUUCUUUAUCUCUUGUUGGAAAUCGUGUAGUUGUUGCAACUGCUGGAAGACAUGUUAAUGUUUAUGAUUUGAGGAAUAUGUCUCAACCUGAACAACAAAGGGAAUCUUCAUUGAAAUAUCAAACAAGAUGUGUCCGAUGUUAUCCCAAUGGAACAGGUUAUGCUCUUAGCUCUGUAGAAGGUCGAGUUGCAAUGGAGUUUUUUGACCUUUCGCCAGCUGGCCAAUCAAAAAAAUAUGCAUUCAAAUGUCACAGAAAAUCAGAAGCUGGAAGAGACAUUGUUUACCCUGUAAACGCCAUUGCAUUUCACCCCGUCUAUGGGACAUUUGCAACAGGAGGUUGUGAUGGUUUUGUCAAUGUAUGGGAUGGAAACAACAAAAAGAGGCUCUAUCAGUAUUCAAAGUACCCUACAAGCAUUGCGGCUUUAUCAUUUAGCAGAGAUGGUCGACUAUUGGCUGUUGCAUCAAGUUAUACAUUUGAAGAGGGGGAGAAACCACAUGAACCGGAUGCUAUAUUUGUUCGUAGUGUGAAUGAAGUUGAAGUGAAGCCUAAACCUAAGCAAUACCCAAAUCCUGCCACGUAAGUGGAAAAAAACAUUACAAAAAGGUUGGUUUGUUAAAUACUAGGUUUAAAUAUGUUUUUAGUUACUAUCUACUAAGGUUGUUUCCUUGUUUGAAUGUUAACUAGUCAUCCUAUUGAGCAAAUUAUAUUUGCAAAAUGAUGGUGAAGUGCAUUUAUAAUAUAAAGCUAUUAACUA